CGCGACGCCUUGGCGGAAGUGUGGCGGCCUGAGGCGAGGCCAGGCCCUGGGCGAGCGCUGACAGGAGCCGCCGGAGCCGGAGCCGGAGCCGGGCGCUCCAUGGGGAACGUGGGCAGCCACAGCGAGGGCGAGGAGGAGGAGGCGGCGGAGGCGGCACCGUCGUCCGAGGCAGGAGCCGCCGCGUCCGCGUCCGCGGGAGAGGCCUCCGCGCCGGCGGCCUCCAUGGCCGCGGCCUGCCCGGCCCCCUCAGCGCCGCCGCCUCCUCCGCUGCUGCCGCCGGCCUCGGUCUCGUCGCUGCCGCCGGCCGCGGUGCUGCUGGGCCAGGCCCGGCUGCGCGAGGAGGCGGCGGCCCGGCUGCGCGAGGCGCCCUCGGCCGAGCUGCUGCUCUCGCGCCACCACGCCGCCCUGCUGCGCUGGCUGGAGGAGCGCCUGGGCCGCGGCGAGCGCGUCGUCAGCCUACAGCAGCUCGCAGAGGUCCUCGAGAGCCGCGCCGGGGCCGCCGCUGGAGCCCGAGCCCGCAGCGAAGAGGCCUUUGCUCAGUUUGACACUGAGGGAGAUGGCAUGGUGGACGUGGAGGACAUGUUGGAGGCUCUCAAGAACUCCAGCGGAGCCAACCUACAAGGAGACCUCAGUCACGUGAUCAGGCAGCUGCAGGCUUGUUUGCUCGUUCCAGGUUUUAUAGACAUAUUUUCAGACUCGAAUGAUCGCCUUAGCCUUCAUGCUUCCAUGCUGCUGAGAUUCCUACAUCGACACCGUAUCUCCAGCGCCGUCAUCCCAUAUCCAGUCUUGGAGUAUUUCAACAAUAUUUGCACUAUGCGUUCUUCUGUACUCAAGGAUUCUUUAGACCGACUCCUCCUGAAAGAAAAGGAGUGCCCUAGUGACUUAAACGGAAACCAGGAAUUAGACAAACUCAAAUCGGUUACGAAGUGUUACACUCACAUAGAAACCUCCUCCAAUUCGGCUGACAUUGACAAAAUGACGAACGGAGAGACGUCCUCCUUCUGGCAAUCUGAUGGGAGUGCUCGGUCACACUGGAUACGCUUAAAGAUGAAACCGGACGUGAUCCUGAGGCACCUCUCGAUCGCCGUCGCGGCCAACGACCAGAGCUACAUGCCGCAGCAAGUUACCGUAGCGGUUGGAAGGACUGCCAGCAAUCUCCAGGAGGUCCGCGAUGUUCACAUUCCCAGCAAUGUUACUGGAUACGUGACAUUGUUGGAAAACGCUAACAUUAGUCAGAUGUAUGUGCAGAUAAACAUCAAACGCUGCCUUAGCGACGGGUGCGACACCAGAAUCCACGGUCUCAGGGCUGUCGGGUACCAGAGGGUGAAGAAGGGCGGCGUCUCCGUCUGCGAUGCCUCCGCGAUCUGGUACUGGUCGCUUUUGACCUCCUUGGUCACAGCCUCCAUGGAGACCAACCCUGCGAUUGUUCACGCCAUCCUGCAAAACACUCAGAAGGCCCUGCAGCAUAUGCCGCCGCUCUCUCUGUCGCCAGGUUCCACAGACUUCUCAAGUUUCUUAUCUCCAAAUGUUCUGGAAGAAGUGGACAGUUUUCUCCUGGGAAUUACCAGUUGUUACGCUACUCCAGAGGUAGAGCUUACGUUGCUGGCGUUUUCCCUGGCCCGAGGGAGCAUCGGCAAAGUGCUGGGUUCGCUUUGCACCAUCGCUGGCCACCUGGAAACGCCCUACAAGGCGGCCUCUCUAAUCGCUGCCAUGGCCACAGUCAGGCAGAAUUUGCUCUACAAAUACGGCGCGCCCUUGCACCUGACUCUUCAGGCCUGUGAUGUCAAAGGAAAAGAAGACAAAUCGGGUCCUGAGAACCUCCUUUUGGAGCCCUGGACAGGGGACGGCUUCCUUACGGAGACUGGGAAACGCCAGGCCACCAUCAUCCUCUCGACAGGGACGGAAUCCGCCCUUCAAGUGACGCAAAUCAGAGUAAAGGUCCGGAGAGGAGCGAUUGGGGCCCGGUGCGGGUUGGUCUUUGCGUACAACUGCCCUACGGAGAAAUUUCACGCAGAGGAGCAUUUCAAACGGUUCGAGAGCUACGACAAAUGGAAGCUCGAGGAUUUCCGGCACUUCUUAAAAAUCAGGAGCGGCACUCCGCGUGACGACCUGGGAGAGGAGGACCCCGUCGGCUGGUUUGAAAUGGAAGAGGAAUGGGAUGAAGUGGAAGUCAAAAUGCAGCAGUGCAGAAUUUCCAGGUACUUGAUGGUGAAGUUCUUGUGCACACGUCAAGAAAAGGCCGAGCGGCUCGGAGUACAAGGGUUGAGCGUCUUCGGGUACCUUCGUCCCGCAUCGACGGAGCCCGACAGAAGCCAGAGCUGUAAGGAAUGUGGCCGACCCAGCGGCGAUACCGUUUGCGGCACGACUCUCCUCCUGAAAACGCUCUCCUUCAUCCAACAGCUGGCUCAGGAUCUGGUUCAGAAGAAAGAAAGCGGCUUACGAUACAGGUCAUACUUGGACUUUGCGGGCCUGGAUUUAAAGCUUUUCUGGAAUUUCUAUACCAAACUUCAUGAAAACCCAAGAGAAGAGUGCGUCGACGGCCAAACCAUGUUGCUUCGGCUUCUCCAGAGCUGCUUCUCGGCGCUGGCUUCGGGCAACAAAGACGUUGACAAGUCUCAGGAAACGGCUCAAAGCAAAAUGCCGGACAGCGCAGAAGCGGCUGAGGAGCUCUACAAGCACCUGUGUGAAGUCGUUGACAGCAACAGCCAGGCCACACCACUGAAGACCUUGAAGCAGGAAGUCAAUAACACGUUACUGAACGGAGCAGCCAUCUUCUUCCCUCACAGACAUACCAGGCGGGAGCAGCUCUUUGCGAUGUUGAAAAACAUCACAGAGCAAGAGCACAAACCAUCUGUCCAACUUACUUUCAAGUCCCUCUGUGCGUAUUUCAGUAAUCGGGACCCAGGCGGGCUUCUUUUAUUACCAGACAAGGGAGCUCCUACAGAAGUGGACGUGGACCAAGUGUUAGCAGUGACGGAGACCCUUCUGAUGGUGACAUCAAGAGAGUGCGAAAUGUUGAUGACGGGCGUUGCCCAGCACGACAUCGGUCCGGUGCUCUCGUCUUUAUUCUGGUCCGUACAGGGCAGCCUCCUUUCUUGGUGCUAUUUGCAACUCAAGGGCAGCGAAGCGGCACCCAAGAACCUCGCUGCAGAAAUCCUCACGAAAUAUGUGCAGCAGUUCCUGACGAGCGUUAGGACAAUCUUAGGGUCGCUCCUUUCCCAACACAGCGGGAAAACCGUCAUGGAGAAAUUAAGCCACUCCGUCUUCGCCAGUGUCACCCGCCAACUGAUGACCUUCCUGCAGGACUUCUACGCUUUAGACAUUCCACACCGUACCCUCCUGCAAGAUGUGAGCACGUUGACGACUCUAUUAAACGAUCUGUCUGCGGAGCCUGGAGACGGUCCAAAUAAGCUGGCCAUCGAAAGCUGCCAGCAGGAGCAGCCCGUGGUGCUGCGAACGUGGACGGCGGAAUCUCCCCACAACUACGACAACAAUUGCCACGAUGUCACCGUCUUCCUCUGCCCGGGGGCAACGUAUUUCGAGGUGGAGUUCGACGAAAGAUGCGAAACGGAGCGGAGGUAUGAUUAUCUGGAAUUUACUGAUGCCAAAGGUGCGAAAACGCGCUACGACACCAAAGUAGGCACGGACAAGUGGCCCAAGAAAGUGACCUUUAAAGCCGGCCCUCGACUGCAGUUCGUUUUCCGCUCUGACAGCAGCAAUAACGAGUGGGGCUACAAAUUCUCCGUCACCGCGUACGGCUUGCCGGACGUCGAAGUUACUUGGGGCCUGGACUUGCACCUUCUUGUGGCCAGGCUGAUGGGCCGCCUGGCUUCUCAGAGCAUGGUGCUGAAAUCCCUGCAGGAGGCAGGAAACGGAAUAGAAUUGCCCCCCGCGAAAGUGACCGCUGUUCUGAACUCUCCUCUCUGGAAGCCGGUAUUCAGGCAUCAGAUGCGUUCCGAGCAAAAGCCGAGAGCCAGUGAGCAAAGCCAAACCCACCAGGAAAAUAAAGAGGCCAUCAGCUCUGAUGCCGGCGACUGCCAUAAAUUCCUCCUUGACUUCUCAAAGUCAGACCCUGCCCAGGAGUCCUGUGGGCCAAAUACUGACCUUUCCAAAGGACUCAUACAGGCAUGUAAAAAACAGGCUCCAAAGACGGAUCUAGUUGCAGGUUCCACUAUUGAUCAAGCUGUCCGCUCUACGUUUUCUGCUUUGGUGUAUCUCUCUCCAGAUUUGUAUGGGAAGCUGCAAAGAUAUGUCAACAGUGGAGGCAAAACGCCGCUGAAUGAAGAGUUUGCGCAAGUCUAUUCCCUGGCCGACGGGAUUAGAAUAUGGAUGCUAGAAAUGAAGCAGAAGUUCCUUGUGGGCCAAGGAAGGGAUGGAGAGGAGAAGCCGGCUGGUGAGGUGGGCGAGGUGAACCCAGAAACCCUUGCCGAGCAGUGCAUCCAGAAAAGCCUUUUGCUGCUGAAUUUCUUGCCUUCGCGGACGAAGGCGGAAGGCCGUGACUCGGAUACCGUGGAGGAAUUUGGGCGGUGCCACAAGGACAAGCGUCGAAGGACGAGCUCUGUGGUCGAAGCGGAUUUCCAAGCCUCCGACUCCGCCGCCGCCUGCGGAAUAAGCGGUUUUGUCUUCCCAGAGGGGAGUCAAGCGAUAGACUCUGAGCCGAAGAGAAAGCAAGCGCCCGGCUCCCCGCAGGCCGAGUCGGUCUCCGCAUCCCAGAAUAAGCCCCUCGAGAGAGUCCCCUCGGAGCAAGAAGACGGGAUGUCCCCUCCCUCUACCCCCACGCGCAAGCCUCCGUUCAACCGCGGCCGACUCCGGCUCCUCUCCUUCCGGUCAAUGGAAGAGUCCAAACCAGUUCCCAGCAUUAAGGAGAAAUACCCCAUCCUGAGACACACCUUGGACUUCAUUAAGGACCAGUCUCUUUCUCAUGAAAAUGUGCUGAAAGUGCUGGCUUUGAGAAAAGCUCAGGCCAAAAACAUCCUGGAAGUCCUGAAGUUGAUCCUCCAGUGCCUUGAAUCCCUCGGGCAGCCUCACUGUUUCGUCCCGCCCUGCAUCGUUUUCUUGCUGGAACUCCUAGCUUGCCAGAAAGACUUCACGAACUAUUUCGGACACCUGGAAGGCUGCGGGGCCGAGCUGCACCGAGAAAUACGGGGGUCUUACUACCAGCUGCUUCUCUUUCUGGUCAACGCUCUGAAAGGAUUCAACAACCUCAAUGACAAAUCAUUGCUCCCUGCCUUGUCCUGCGUCCAGACGUCCCUCCUUCACCUCUUGGAUAUGGGCUGGGAACCCAGUGACCUUUCCUUCUUUGUCGAUAUACAGCUGCCACAUCUCCUUAUCACUAUGUCACGAGAGAACAUCAGUACCCACGACAGCAUCAUUUGCCAGUGGAGUAAAGAAGAAGAAAUUACAGACUACAAGCAGAAUUCCGAGUGGAUGGACGAGUGUCAAGAAGGCGUCUUUGAAAGCUGGUGUGACAAGAUAAGCCAAGCGGAUCCGGAGAAGCAGAGAAAGAUGCACAUGUUCAUCGCCCGCUACUGUGACCAGCUGCACGUCGACAUCUCGUGCGACGGUUGCAACGAGAUCGCGCCGUGGCAUCGCUACCGCUGUUUGCAGUGCAACGACAUGGAUCUUUGCAAAACCUGCUUUUUGGGUGGAGUGAGGCCUGAAGGCCAUGAGGCCAACCACGACAUGGUCAACAUGGAGUUCGCCUGCAACCACUGCCAGGGCAUCAUUGUUGGCCAGCGGAUAAACUGCAGCGUGUGCGAAGACUUUGACCUUUGCUUCGGGUGUUACUCUGCAAAGAAGUACUCCGACAGCCACCUGCCUACUCACAGCGUCACGGUGCACCCCAUGACGACCAUGAGGAUCAGCGACCGCCACCGGCUCAUCCAGCCGUACCUCCACAACUACGCCUGGCUACUGUUCUCCGCCUUGGCGCUGUACAGCGCCGACUUGUCCAGCGGCGAACAGGAGGACGGCGAGGCGCCGGACCCCCGGGCCGUCUCCCACGCCAGGCUCCUGCAGCAAGAGUGCGUCCGGCUGAUUGGGGACUGCCUCAUGAAAGUGCAGCAUGGAAAAGGUUUGAAAAGCCUAGCUCUGCUCUCCAUGCUGCCAGAAGGUGAAUCUUUGCCCGAAAAUGUGAUGCCAUCUGUUGAUUAUUCCACAGACAGUAACGUGGAAAAUUAUACUAGUCAGGCAGCUGUGGGAAAUCACAAGACGACACCUGCACCUUUCACCCAUUGCAAUGGGACCGGAACCGUUAAUGGCAUUCAGGCCUCUGUAAGUACCGAACGAGAACAUAACAUGAGAACUGAGAGCAAACCUUCCAACGGUCUUCCGCUGAAGAAAGAGGUGGCAUCUAAAGAGAGAGAGAGGCCUGCUGUAAAUUCGCACUUGCUCGCAAAAGAUGACCUGUCUCCAGGUGCUUUUACAGAUGCUGAAGAUGCCGAAGUUGCCGAAAUCUUGUCUUCAAGCCAAGCUGAAGGCAAGGCAGCGCCUAGUCAAGAGGAGGUCUUUGCCGAAUGUUCCCAGAAGAGGAUACUUGGGCUGCUGGCCGCCAUGUUGCCUCGCCUGAAAUCAGGCGUGACGAUGUCUCUGAUUAACCUGGACCAGAUCCUCCCUCUCAUGUUUGAAGUCGUCAUCUCUAACGCCGGCCACUUAAACGAAACCUACCACCUGACCCUGGGGCUCCUUGGGAAGUUGAUCCGGAGGCUGACGCCCGCGGAAGUUGACGCUGCCGUGACCAAGGUCCUCUCAGCCAAGCAUAGCCUGGUGGCCGCCGGAGACGGCUCCACGGUGCCGGAAGGAUGGAAGACCACUCACCUGCUCUUCAGCCUGGGAGCCGUCUGCCUGGACAGCCGCGUCGGCCUCGACUGGGCCUGCACCAUGGCCGACAUCCUUCGCGCCCUGAACGCCUCCGCUCAGUGGCACGACGUCGUCGCCGCGUUCACAGACCACUGCAUCAAACAGCUGCCUUUCCAGUUGAAACACACCAACAUCUUUACCUUAUUGGUCCUCGUCGGGUUUCCAGAGGUCCUGUGCAUGGGAACCAGAUCGGUGUACAUGGAUAAUGCGAACGAAGCCCACAACGUGGUCAUCCUCAAGCACUUCACGGAGAAGAACAGGGCGGUGGUGGUCGACGUUAAAACCCGGAAGAGGAAAGCAGUGAAGGACCUCCAGCUGGCUCAGUCGUGUGGACAAGAGGACGACCGCGUGUGCCGAGGCCAGCUGCACCAGUACCUCCAGCACUUCGUCUUCAUCGCUAGCCACCUUCUCCAGACCAGCAUCGACAGCAACUUCGCAGAGGCCGUGGAGGCAACCUGGGUCUUGUCCCUCGCGCUGAAAGGGCUUUACAGAACGCUUAAGGUGCACGCCUUUGAAGAGAUCCGCACGGCCUUUCUCCAGACAGGUUUGCUUAAGCUGCUGGUGAACAAGUGUAGCAAAGGAACGGGCUUCAGCAAGACCUGGCUUCUCCGAGACUUAGAGAUCUUGUCAGUCUUGCUUUACUCCUCCAAAAAGGAGACCAGCUCCCUGGCUGAACACAAGGACUCCGCGCUCGAGGAACGAGACCAAGCCCUCGACCAGCCCGUCGUCACCCCCACCGAUGCUGACCAGAACAGGCUUGACCCGCUGGAGGGCUUGGAUGAAACCACCAAGAUAUGCUUCCUGAUGACGCACGAUGCCCUUGACGCUCCUCUGCACAUUCUCCGGGCCAUGUACGAGCUGCAGAUGAAGAGGACGGAUUCUUUCUUCCUGGAGGUCCAGAAGAGAUUCGACGGUGAUGUAGUUACAACGGACGAGCGGAUCCGGACGCUGGCUCAAAAAUGGCAGCCCUGUAAGCAAUUGCGAUCUGAGGAGCAGAGUUCCAAAGCGCUGGAUACAGACAUGAUUAUCGUGCCGUGUCUGCCGAAACCCGCUCCCUGCAACAAAGCCACCGAAGAAUCCAACCCCAUCACCCAGAAACUCAUCACCAACACAGAAAGCGACCUUCAGCUCAGCUACGCCAAGCAGCGGCGCACGAAGAGCUCGGUCCUCCUGCACAAGGAGCUGGACUCCAGGGGCAAGAAAGCCGCGCGGGGCUACCUCUACCGGGUCAACGAGGCCACCGCCGUCCUCUACGCCAGGCACGUCCUGGCUUUGCUCUUGGCUGAGUGGCCCGAGGACGUGGCGAUCAGCGAGGAGAUGUUGGAGCUCAGCGGGCCGGCGCACAUGACCUACAUCUUGGAUAUGCUUUUGCAACUGGAGGAGAAGCAGCUCUGUGAGAAGAUCCUCCUGAAGGUGCUCCGCGGAUGCAACGAAAGCAUGCUGGCCACCAUGGCGCUCACGGCCUGUCAGUUCAUGGAGGAGCCCGGGAUGGCAGUCCAGGUGCGCGAGUCCAAGCACCCCUACAACAACAAUACAAAUCUUGAGGAUAAGGUUCACAUCCCCGGCGCGAUCUACCUCUCGGUCAAGUUUGAUGCUCAGUGCAAUACGGAAGAGGGUUGCGACGAGCUCGUCAUUGCCAGCAGCGGUGACCUGGUCCACGAUCGGCACACAUUCAGCGGGCCUCCGCACAAGUGGACGGACUUCGAGCUCCCAGGAGACACGCUCUACUAUCGCUUCACCACCGACAUGAGCAACACCGAGUGGGGCUACAAGUUUACAGUGACGGCGGGUCACCUGGGGCGCUUCCAGACAGGCUUCGAGAUCCUGAAGCAGAUGCUGUCGGAAGAGAGGGUCGUCCCCCACAUCCCCUUGGCCAAAGUGUGGGAGUGGCAGGUGGGCGUGGCUUGCCGGCAAACCGGCCACCAGCGAUUGAAGGCCAUCCACCUGCUCCUGAAGAUAGUGCAGUGCUGCAGCGAGAGGGAUUGUGACCUCACUUUGCUGAAGCCGCUAUGGCACCUCUUCAGCUGCAUGGAGAACAACGUGCACCAGGACGUCACCCGGCCGGGGAUCCUCCUCCCGCUUCACCGGGCGCUGACCGAACUUUUCUUCGUUACCGAAAGCAGAGUUGGCGAACUCGGAUCUCUGCAGGAUUAUUUGCUUGCCUUAAAUACGGAAGACCAGCUCCAUCGCUGUACAGCACAGGCCCUGAAAAACAUAGCUGCUAUUAGCCUCGCCAUUAACUAUCCCAACAAAUCAACAAGCCCCUGGAAUGUUUAAUAGCGGCUUUUGCGGCUCGGGGCAGGACGGGGUUGGUCCGUAGGAACCUUGACGCGAGCGCCUUCGCUUGGUUCAGGCACCGGAGAAAGAGAAGGGUCCCUUCUGCUUCUGUGUAUAUCCACUCUGCCGCCAGCCCGCCCACCGUCCUUCCUUCCGCCUCGUUGUAGAUUCCGUAAAAGCAACUGCACACCUCCCAGGAAAACGGCGGUGGGGGGGGGGGCGCACACACUGCCCCCCCCCCUCCUGCGUCAUGUAUGCGCUUCUCUCGUAGCAUGUCCGUGGAACAGUAUUUACUUUCUCUGGAUUUUGGAAGGAGAACGGAAAGGCCAGGGAAGAGGGGAACGCGGCACGCCCACCCCAACCCACCCCACAAGGAUGAGGAAACUCUUCCGGUUACCGUCCCCGCCUUCCCCCGAAAAACCGAAUCACUGGGAGUGGCUCGAAGCGUUGCUUUGAACACGAGCGGCUGCAAGAAGAGGCAAAGGAGGAUUUUCUGAGUGCGGCAAGGCAGAAGACAGCCCAAAGUUGCCACCUCGUUUCUUUUUUUUCUCUCCCCCCUCCCCUCUUUUGCGACCAGGAGACAACUCCUUUCCCCGUGAGCCGUGGUUUCUUGUGUACGACGUAGGACUCGUGGCCUGGACAUUGUACUGCUUCCUCACAAGGAGGCAAGUGAAGGAGAGGAUUCUUCUCUCCAGCGGGGUGAUGAAGUAGAAGGGGGGCUUCUCUCCCCCCCCCCCCCCACCUCCCAGAUCCCUUUGAAUUUCCGGCAGUGUAGGAAGUUGCCGCUCUCUCUGGCAGCUAGCGACCAGCCCAUCUUGCUUCACACAGCAAUAACAGCGUGGACUCCUCCUCGGCGUGGCGUCUGCAGGACAGCCUGUGCAACGGAAUCAAUCAGCUUUCCUUUCUUCCCCGGGGAGGCGGAGGACCGGGGGCUGCUGGUUUUUCCCCCUCUCCGAGAACAAGCUGCCCGAAAGGCCAGGGCCCUUGUGCGCGGAGGCGGGGAAACGGGCGCGGUGCCGGUCGCCUCCCCACGUUGCCGGCUUUAUUUUCGUCCCGGGUCGAGCUUGCAGGGAUGUCUCCUUUUCGGAGCCCGUCGGCAUAAGCAGGCUCCGGUGACGUUCUGUCCGGCGGUACAGCCUGCCGCAGAACGCACCAGGAAGCCGUGCUCGCUGAAGCACCUCUUCGAAAGCGUCGGAAAGGCCGCGCCGCCUUCCCGGCCUCGCCAGGUGGAAGGGAAAGGCUUAGCAGUCGCUGGAAUCCGAGAGGGUGAUGGUGGGGGGAAAUGUGUGAUCGUGGGGAUGCUGUUUAUAAGGUCUUUUGUGUGGCUGGGAAAGGGACGGGAGCCUCGCUGGCGUAGGCCAUGCAAAAUUCACAAGAUUGGGCAGAAUGUGACCCUUGAGGGCGGAGGACAUUCCCCCUAACGCCGCCCCUGAGAGCAGUAGCCAUAACCAUCUAUUGUCCAGACUGUAUUUGCGCUCUCAUAUACACACACACACACACACCAGGUUUUCUUUGGAACAUGAAUCGUGGGAGGUGUUCCUAUUGGAAGCCAAGAGAGGAGCGGCAUCGUUUGCAGCCACGUGGCCGGUGUUUUCCAAAGCCCACCUUGAUACAUGUCGUUGCCAAAGGGGGCGAAGGGGAUCCCUUUUUGGGGGGGCGGACCUGUGGAGCUCUGGGGAAAAUCAAAUCAUAAGACAAGCGGGCGAGAGUCCCUUCACAUCCAGCUUGCUUCAAGGGGAAAAGGGGACUCUUCCGAAACCCCCGGGUGUUUUCUUUCUCUCCUGCCUCUUUCAAAACCAAAACCCAGGGACGCAGCAUGUACAACGCCUCCGAAUCAACGCCCUCCCUCCUGUUUCUGACGGCGUCUGGGUUUGCCUUCCUACAUCGCCGUGCGCGUGAAAAAGAAGCGAAGGAAUCUCAUGGUUGGCCCCGGCGCUCAGCGGGAGUUUGUGAAGCCAGUAAAAGGCCUUUUCCCCUUCCUUUCUUCCUCCGCCGCCUUCCUCGUCUCCUCUACACAGAACCUGCUGGGCCAAUGCUAAAGCCUUACCUCGGUUGCACUUUUGCGUUCCCCUCUCCCCACGCCUAGGAAACGUGACCUUCCUUUGAGCUAGAGUAGUAGCGUGAAGAAAAGCAGGUUACACAUUGAACGAAGGUGGCUUCCGGAAGCCUUGCGGAGGCGUGGGACUACAGCGCCCAUCAUUCCCAGCCUGGAAUGAUGGGCGCUGUAGUCCAACGCACCCACACAGCCGCCAAGCUGCAGGAGCUUUCACUCAAGAUAUUUUGACGCACGCGCCUCUCCUAAUAUCCGUAGUUUUCACUCGAACACAGGACCCGCGUUUCGAACCGUACAAACCGGGAGGGAAGGGGGAAUGAAAUGUGCCUAUAACAAUGUUUGCGUGUGUUUAAUUGCAUCUGACAUAUUAAGAAACCGCCGCCGCCCUAACACAUUUUUUAUUUUUUUGGGGUCUUUGUUUGUCACCAUAAACGCUUAAAAUGGGUGGUCAUUUCAUUUUCUUACGGGUUUUCUUUUGGGCAUCAUGAAAUUUAAUCAUUGAGGCAGGGUGGGAGGGAAGUUUAUAUUUCGGUUUAAGAUUAUUAAAACCAACCCCUUAGAUUUCUUCCUGUUUGGUUUAAUGUAUAUUAAAAAAAAAAAAAAAGUUAUAGAUGCGGUGGAUAUAUGCAAAUGAAGAGAUAUAUUGUAAAAAAAAAAUCUAUUAAAAAUGGAAGUAUGAGG